UAGGUACGCAUUCGUUCAGAUCAAACAACCAGCAUCACGCCCAACAACGUCACUCAGCCAUUGACCUCCCCCACGCCAUCUCAUCGCCGAAUCGAAUCCCCCUCGAGAUCUCGACGAUACGGUAAAACAUGACAUUUAUCCGCGCUGCUGUCGCGCCCCUGCGCGCCGCACGCUGCAUUCGACAACCCCUCUCCUCCAGAGGUUUCUCCGUGUCCGCCCGACGACAAGGAGGCGGCGGCGAGCACCAAUUCGAUCCUCCUACCGGCUGGCUCUGGGGUGUCAAGCCUGGUGAGAAGCCCGAGCCCGAGGGCUGGGAGUGGCCUACCUAUAUUCUUCUCGGCAGCCUUGCCGCCACCGCCGUUGCGCUCGCCUUCAAGCCCGAUACUACUGUCUCUACCUGGGCCCUUGAGGAAGCACGAAGGAGGUUAGAGGAGGAGGGAAUCCUGCCCGACCCAUCCAAGCAGGACAAGAAGAACUAAGCGGAGGUUACGACAUACUGACAGGGGGAAAUCCGGUCAAUUGUACAUGUUAUUUUGCAUUUGAAGAAUGGUAUUGCUAGAGGUUUUGGUCUUGAGGUAUUACUGUCUGUCUAAUCGGGACUGUGACAUAACCUCUGACCUUUGCUAGUAUCGCUGAUUGUGAGCCUUAACAAGCAAUUGUGGCAAAGCAGAUGAUGUUCUCGUAAACCUGAGCGUGAGCGUAAUUAUUUUGAUUCCGAUCUAUCUAUUCCCAGCCGCUAUAUAACGCCAUAUACACAACCACUCUAAAUAGUGUAGCUCCAUUCAUGCUCCUCGUCACCAUACUGAAUGGCCUCGAUCCAUUCCUUCAUCUUGAGAGCGAUCUCGCCAGACUCUUCGAGCUCAGAAAGACCGCAGUCAACGAGCUUACCCUUCCAUGAGAUGGAACGGACAGGGCUGACAAUAGCUGCAGUUCCAGCACCAAAGGCCUCGAGAAGACGACCCUCAUCAGCGGCCUCAGCAAGCUCCUUCAUCGUGUACUUGCGCUCACUGAUCUUCCAGCCCUCAGGUUCAAGACGCUCCCGAGCGAGAGCGAGCACAGAGUCACGAGUGACUCCCUCGAGGAUAGUUCCGUCAAGGGGAGCUGUCACAAGCUCCUUCUGGCCAGUCUCCUUGUUCUUGAGAGCAACAAACAUGUUCAUUGUGCCGACCUCAGUAACGUACUCCUCCUCACCAAACAGCCAGAGGUUCUGCUGGAAGCCACGGCUGGCGGCCUG